AUGGCCCGCAAAAUUUUAUGUGUCGCAGAAAAACCUGCAAUUGCUAGAGUGGUAGCGCAGCAUCUCUCUGGAGGUUCAAGCCGCGCGGUAUCGAUUCGGGGUAAUGUGUUUGUGAAAAACUACGAGUUUGAUUUCACAUUCGCUCCACCAUGGGGCCAAUGUUCGGUGAUCAUGACAAGUGUCCUUGGCCACUUGACGAGCUUGGACUUUGACUCGCAGUACAGAGGCUGGAAUUCCUGCCCGCCUGGCCUGCUGUUUGACGCACCUGUGGUAGAUUCCGUUGCCAAAGACAACUUGACUAUCGCUGAAAAUAUUCGAACAUUGGCCAGAAAUUCCAAGGCUCUAUUUAUUUGGACUGACUGUGACCGUGAAGGAGAGCAUAUUGGGACAGAAGUACGGUACCAGGCGAGAAAAUCAAAUCCAAGAAUCGAGAUUAAACGGGCGAGGUUCAGUAAUACGGAACGAGCGCAUAUAUUGCAGGCCGCGACCAAUCCAAUAGAGUUGGAUGACAGUCAGGCUAAUGCAGUUGCUGCACGGAUCGAGCUGGAUUUAAGGAUCGGGGCAGCUUUUACUAGGCUACAAACCCUCCAACUCAAAUCAUUGGGAGGUGUCCUAGAGGACAGAGUUAUCAGCUACGUUCCAGGGUCCUGCCAGUUCCCGACAUUGGGAUUUGUGGUCGACAGAUAUUUCCGGGUCAAAAACUUCAAGCCAGAAAAAUUCUGGACCAUCAAAGUUUCACAUGUCCGUGAUGGGAAAACUGUCAACUUUUUGUGGCGGAGGGUCCACCUUUACGACAGGGCUGCUGUCGUAAUACUGUUUGAGCGGUGCUUGACUUCAAAAACCGCUAAGGUUACGAAAAUGCACAAGAAACCAACACGCAAAUGGCGCCCACUGCCUUUGACUACUGUGGACCUCCAAAUGAUGGGAAGUAGGUAUCUGCGAAUGGAUAGCCAGAAAGUUAUGAAGAUCGCAGAAACUCUAUACACAAAAGGGUUUAUCAGUUAUCCACGCACGGAAACGGAUCAGUUCGACAAAGGAAUUGAUCUGAAAAAGUUGAUCGAAAAGCAAAUACCGAGUGAAAAUUGGGGCCAGUAUGCGCAGCGUCUAAUUAAUGGUUCCUUCACCCAACCACGAGCUGGUCAUCACAACGACAAGGCCCACCCUCCCAUUCAUCCAGUCAUAUUUGCAGCACCAACCGUCCUUUCCAACGAUGAACGUCUUGUCUACGAAUUCGUCACCCGACGUUUUCUCGCCUGCUGCUCUGAAGAUGCAAAAGGCGAGUCCACCGAAGUGGAAAUAAAGUACGGUGAUGAGAUCUUCCACACACAUGGUCUUCUCGUCCUGGAAAGGAAUUACUUAGAUGUUUACGUAUACGAUAAAUGGGAAAGUAGUCAAGAGAUUCCCCCUUUCACACUUGGCGAGGUGUUCGAACCCACGGAAGCUAAAAUCACGGAUGGCAAGACCGUUGCACCAGGUUAUCUAACGGAGCCUGAGCUUAUUGGUCUUAUGGAUGCUAAUGGAAUCGGAACUGACGCUACAAUGGCAGAUCAUAUUGCAAAGAUAAAGGAGCGAGAAUAUGUAGCCACUCGACCUCGUGGUGGUGGGAGGGGUAAUAAUGCUGUACAAGAAUUUAUCCCCACUCAGCUUGGUGUUGCUCUCGUUGAGGGCUAUGAUAAUGUCGUGAAUGGCUUGCCCGACAGUCCGAGCCUGAGCAAACCAUUUCUACGAAAGGAAAUGGAAUUGCGGAUGCGAGAAAUUUGCGUCGGUACAAAGUCGAAGACGGAAGUGGUGAAUGAGAGCUUGCAGAUGUAUCGUGAGGUUUUCGUGCAUACACAGCAGAGGAUUGAUAUGCUUAAGGCUGCAUGUAGGAAAUAUCUUUUUGAAGAGCGUGGUCUGUGA